AUGAAUAAUGCCAUAUCACAAGUAUCGCCAUGCACUUCGGUUUCUUGCCUCUCAGUUCACGUUCCCCCACAGAGAAAUAAAUCAUACUGUGUUGUAAAGGACCUGCAAAUCUUGAAUAAUGGAUUCAAGAGCAAGAACUUGAACGGUCCAACUUCCAUCCAAUUUGAUAAUAAUCCCCAAUUGUGUUUUGCUGGAGAACUGGAUAUCUCCUUCUCCACUUUGGAAGAAAACCGAACCUCUUCGCAUUCACACUUAUCAACUUCCUCGGUGUCGCCUAACAGUAUCUUCACUGUUUCCCCUUCUUUGAAGUCUGCAUACACCAUGCGAAGGAAUUCUUCACUUAGGUAUUUACAAAGAAAGAAUUCCGUUUAUUCCUUCUCUCGGGAGUUGAGAAUGAAUACAUACAAUCUGAACUCAAAAUCCACCUCACCUGUAAGCUCCAGAAGAACCUCAGUUUUGGUAUGCCAAUUUGACCUGGGACCAAAUGACCCAUUAUCCUUUACUAGCAACCUCUGCCAAGGAAAGAAAGACUGUUACUUUGAAAUCGAGAAGGCCCCAAUAAGAAAACCUCAAUUAACUUCAAAUUUAAAGAUCCCGCCACUUUGUAUUGGGUAUAGUAUUAAGCCCAAAUUCACGUGUUUCAUUGAUAGGCUGCAAUCCAGACUUGCAAAACACAGUUACACUAUUCCACAUUCGAGAUGCCGCUGUCAUUGUGACAUUCCAUUAGAAACAUUCUCACUGCAUUCAGAGGCUUUGCCGACAAUGCAUGAAAAUAUUGAACUUGCUACUAAGGAUCCAGGAGACUACCACCCAGUUACCAUCCCAGGUCAAAUUAAAAGGUGUAGGGAGGAAAGAGUUAACUCGAAAUAUUUGCUACAGUAUGCAAUAUAUACGUCUAAUGAGAUCCAUGGAUAUUUCCGAGAUAUCACUAUGGAGGAUAUUGAUAUUUUUGAUGAGCUCCUGAUAGAUACAUAUUCAAUUGUAGCAGAAAGUAUGAAAGUAGCUAGCAUAGAAAUGUUUUUUGAUGAUUGUUUUACCUGUAAGUUGAGACGUAAAUUCGAAUCCCGAGGGUUACUAAAAGAAAUCGACAAGGAAUUGAUUGACAAUUUAAGAUUGGCUUCGGUUACAAGAUUUAAGCUGUGGAAUACAGCAACUCUACACCCAAGGUGUGAUGAAAUACCUAGUAUUAAUAGAAUCACCGAUGAUGUAUACUCUCCUUUCUCAGUUGAAACAUGUAGGGUACCAUGGUUGAGUAUCACUGAUUUGAAAGAAGGUAAAGCAAUAAAUAGAUUGAAUAAAAAGGCAGGGCUGCUGAAGGGCUCAAAUAUACAGUUCGUUCUUAAAAACUGCUCAAGCAAACGUUGGAUUCCUACCAAUGCCAAUAGUUUAUAG